AUGAGGAAGCCACGUCGAAAAGGCCAGGGGGCCGGAGGAGGUGGAGGAGGAGCGGGAGGAGGAGCGGGAGGAGGAGCGGGAGGAGGAAGAAGAGGAGGAGGAAGAGGAGGAGGAAGAGGAGGAGGAGGAGGAGGAGGAGGAAGAGGAGGACGAAGAACAGAUGUAAAAAAAAGUAAUGGGACAGCCAACGGGCGUGGGGCUGCCCGCCAACGAUCUCCGUCCCCCUACAGCCUUAAAGCAUCUCCAAGUAGAGAAACUCUUACCUAUGCCCAGGCUCAGAAGGUGGUGGAGGUAGAACUGGAUGGUAGACUUCACCGCAUCUCCAUCCUGGAUCCUUUGGAGGUCAUUACAGAAGAUGAAAUGAUGGCUCAGGAUAUCAGUGAGUGCAACAGCAACAAAGAGAACAGUGAGCAGUCGUCCUGUCCCACCAGCAGUACCCCGACAACACGUAAAACUGUCACAACAAGAGGUCGCAGGAAAGAGUCCAAAUGCUCCUCUGUCAAGUCACCCCAACCCUCCAAGAACCACCGUGCUACUUCCGAACCUCAAUCACCUGAAAAGCUUAACACGUCACACCAUCACCACGUGACUCUUCCUGAACCCAAGUUUCGUGUUCUGGAAACCUUCACGCCAGUUGAGGCUCCUCCUCUGCCUGCCGCAUACUAUCGCUACAUCGAACGUUCAGCUGAAGAGAAGGAAAAUGAGGCAGAAUAUGACAUGGACGAAGAGGACACUGCUUGGUUGGAGAUGGUAAACGCCGGCCGGACAUCGGAGGGCUUCUCUGCUGUGUCGUCUGACACUUUUGAGCUGCUGGUGGAUCGGCUGGAGGAGGAGGCCUACCGAGAAGCCCGCAGCCGGGCGCCUUCUCAAAGCACUAUUGAUGACGAUGCCUUCUGCUGCGUGUGCCUGGAUGACGAGUGCCUCAACAGCAACGUCAUCCUGUUCUGUGACUCCUGCAACCUGGCUGUGCACCAGGAGUGUUACGGAGUGCCCUAUGUUCCCGAAGGACAGUGGCUGUGCCGCUGCUGCCUUCAGUCCCCUCAGAAACCUGUUGACUGCGUUCUGUGUCCAAAUCGGGGGGGAGCUUUCAAACAAACUAGCGAUGGCCGCUGGGCCCAUGUUGUCUGUGCUAUAUGGAUCCCCGAAGUUUGCUUUGCCAACACUGUAUUUCUUGAACCGGUGGAAGGGAUUAAUAACAUUCCCCCAGCACGCUGGAAACUGACUUGUUACCUGUGCAAGCAAAAGGGCCGUGGUGCAUCUAUUCAGUGCCACAAAGCCAACUGUUACACUGCUUUUCAUGUCACCUGCGCUCAACGCGCCGGCCUGUUUAUGAAAAUUGAUCCCGUGCGAGAAACAAACAUUAACGGCACUACAUUCUCAGUGAAAAAGACAGCGUUUUGCGAGGCCCAUUCUCCUCCAGGACAAGAGACCGGGUCAGACGACGAGAGCGAAGGACGAGUGGUGGGCAGCAGGGGGAGGGCAAGCAGAGGGAGGAGUGCCUACACAGAGGGUCCAACUACACCCAAAAAAAGCAGAAAGUCUGAAGAUGAUACCAAAGCAGAUAAAAAGAAAGGGAAGAAGAACGCAGAGUCAGCAGACCAACACACUGGUUCACCUCAGGUGACGGUGCCUCAGAUACCAACAAGCAGGUUGAAUAUUUUCUGUAAAGGAAUUUUGUUCCAAAGGAAAAAUCAGUUCAUGCAGAGGCUGCAUAACUACUGGUUACUAAAGCGUCAGUCGCGAAACGGUGUGCCACUAGUCCGGCGUUUGCACUCUAACGUCCAGACCCAGAAGGCUCCAGAGCAGCCUGAAGUGGAUGAGAAGUUUUCUGAAGAUAGAGAGGCGUUGAGGUACUGGCAGAAGCUGCGGCACGACCUCGAAAAAGCCAGACUUUUGGUAGAGCUCAUACGCAAAAGAGAGAAGCUUAAAAGAGAACAGGUCAAAGUUCACCAGGCAGCUCUAGAGAUGCAGCUGACUCCGAUGUUUGUGCUGCUUCGCUCCACUCUGGACCAACUUCAGGAGAAGGACACAGCUCAGAUUUUUGCACAGCCAGUUGACAUAAAGGAGGUUCCAGACUACCUGGAGUUUAUAAGUCAACCAAUGGACUUCUCCACCAUGCGCUCCAAGCUGGAACGUCAUAGCUACCGCUCAGUGGCUGACAUUGAGGCUGACUUCAACCUCAUGGUGUCCAACUGCCUCGUCUACAAUGCCAAAGACACGGUCUUUCACAGGACAGCGCUGCGCCUCCGGGACUUAGGGGGGGCCGUACUGCGUCACGCCCAGCGGCAAGCCAGCAACACCGUCCUGGACCUGGACACGGGCAUGCAUCUCCCAGAGUCCCCCCAGAAAAGAGACUUUUACACAUGCACCUGGGAGGAUGUUGACAGCGUGCUGGAUCCCGAUAACCGACUCCACAUGUCGGUGGAAGAACAACUGAAGGAGCUGUUGGAAAAGCUGGACUUCGUCACAUCCAUGCGGGGCAGUGGAGCUCGGACCCGACGCAUCCGCCUGCUGCGGCGCGAGAUCAACCACGUCCGCUACAAGCAGGGUCAGAACUCCCGCCACAGCCUCCACAACGGACACCUCAAGGAAGAUGAAGAGGAUGAGGAGGAAGAUGACGACAAAGAUGCCAAGGCCGAUAACGGCCUUUCGUCCUCAGACAAAGAAGACCUCAAAUCCACCUCUCCCCCGACACUGGAACCCACAGGACCAGCUCCUCCGCCACGACAGGGAGAUGCCCCCCUGGAGCCUCCCACUCUGCGGCCAAUCACCAGAGAGCCCGCGUCCCCCAGCUGGCCCUGCAAGCGCCUUAAGAUGGACAGCGACUCCUCAAACAGCGCCACGGACAGCAGGAAUUGCACUAAAGCACAAGGGCGGUCAGCAACGCCGCCACCCACUUUGCACAGUGAAGGCCAGCCGAUGGCCAAUGGACUGCCGGGCCUCAGCGUCCCCCUGCGGCCCGCCACCGGAGGAGUGGGACGACGAACCUCGGUGUUGUUCAAGAAGGCAAAAAACGGGGCGAAGCUUUUCAGGGAGCGAGACAACACUCUGGUAAAUGGGAAGGGGCUCCAGGACGAGAACACAAGCAACAACCCCCCAGCGUCCAACUCUACAGCGAGCACGCCGUCCUCCACAGCCAUGUCCACUCCUUCCAAGACCCCCCAGAAAAGCCCAGGACCCCCAACGCUUAAUGAGCCAUGGACCCCGAGCAAAGACGCCGAGCUGGACAAGAGACUCAGUCGUACACUGGAGAGUGGACUAACUAACGGCUUCGACAGGCACAAAGACAGCGGUUCGGAUUCGGAGUCAAGCUCGUGCCCCGUCCUCCACAAAGAGAUCAGCUCGCCCCCCAAACGGAGCCUCGGCAAACCAUCUCUUUCCAAAGUUCCUCUCCUGGAGAUCGUCAACGGAGAUUCAGAUUACACUGGCAACGGAGGCCAAAUGUCAGAGGAUGAGGCCGAGCUGGAGCCUCUUGACCUGGUCUGGGCCAAAUGCAGGGGAUAUCCCUCCUACCCUGCUCUGAUCAUUGACCCAGAGAUGCCCGAGGAGGGCUUGCUGCACAACGGAGUUCCCAUCCCAGUCCCACCUAAGGACGUGCUCCAUCUGGGAGAGCAGAGGCAGGAGGAGGCCAGCGAUAGACUCUACCUGGUGCUUUUCUUUGACAACAAGCGGACAUGGCAGUGGCUCCCCCGGGACAAACUCACCCCCCUGGGCGUGGACGACACAGCCGACAAGCUGCGCAUCAUGGAGGGCCGCAAGUCCAGCAUCCGCAAGUCUGUGCAGGUGGCCUACGACCGGGCCAUGAUCCACCAGAGCCGGGUCAGCCACAGCCACUGCUUCGUUCCCUCCAACUACCUGUAG